AUGGUAGAUAAAUUAGUAGAAGUGUUAAAGUAUUCUUAAAAUAGAGAGAAAUUUCGUAGAUCAGCUUCAAAUUCUUUAUAUCUACUAUCAUAAUUUAAAGCCUAUUUGGGAGAAUUGGUUUUAAAGAAUAUAUAAAUUUCUGAUACUAAAUUAAAUGGUUUAAGUUUUUUUAAAAGUAUUUUUUCUAAAAGUUAUUUUAAAAAUGUAGAAAUAGAUGGAUGUAAUUUUAAUAAGGCAAAAAUAAUAGAUUCUACUUGGAAAGUUAUAUGUAAUGAAUAAAGAACAUUAUCUGAACAUAAAAGUAAAGUAACAGUGAUGGUAAUGAGUACUGAUGGAAAACUAUUAUUUUCAGGAAGUGAAUAAGGAGAGAUUAUUAUAUGGGAUUAUACAAAAAGAGAAAUUUUAAAGAAAUUAGAAAAUUAGGAGAGUUAAGAUAAUUAGUAAGAUGAAGUAAAUAAAAAUGAAAUUAAAUGUUUAGCAAUAAGUUCAGAUGGAAAAUUAUUGGCAUCUUGUAAUAAAAGUAAAAACAUUUAUCUGUGGGAUUGUGAAAAUUUUAUUGUACUUCAUCAUGUAGUUGGACAUAAAAAAUAAGUAAAUUCAAUAGCUUUUUCAUUAGAUAAAAAUACAAAAUUGCUAGCAUCUGGAAGUAGUGAUUAAACAAUAUUAUUUUGGGAUUGGGAAUAAGGUAAACAAAUUAAAUAAACUAUUAAAAAUAAUAUAGAUAUAAUGUAAGUAAUAAUUUUUAAGAAUUCAAAGUUAUUAGCAUCUAGAACUUUAGACAAUAUUUUAAAAAUAUGGAAUAUUUAUUAAGAAUAUCCAGAAAUUAUUCGACUAUUUUUGAAUUAUAGUUUAGAAUUAACAUCUAUUAGUAUUUCAUUAGAUGGUGAAUAUUUAGCAGCUGGACUUAAAAAUAAUGGAGAUAAUGAUUAGAUUUGUGUAAGAGCUUGGGAAAUCAAAUAAGAUUAAAAGGAAUACUUUUAAACAUAUUAUAAAAUAUAUUCUUUGGCAAUUUCUAAUAUUCAUAAUAAAAUUAUAGGUGGCAGUACUAAUAAAAUUGUAAUUUGGAAUUAAGAUUUUAAAACAUAAAGAGUGGAAGAAGUGGAAAUAGUGGAAGUAGAAGUAGAUGGUUUAAUUAAUGCUUUGACUUUUAAUAAAGAUGAAAAAUUAUUAGCAUCUGGAUCUGAUAAAGGAAUUAUCUUAUGGAAUUAUGAAGGUAAUUCUAUUAAAAAAUAUCCAGAAAUAAAAAAUAAAAUUACAGCAAAAGUAAAGGCCAUUCUUUCAUAAUGUUAUAAAAAAGCUUUUGAAUUAAAUUCAUUAAUUUCAAAAGAAAUUUUAUCAAUAUUAAUUGAUUAAUGCUAUGAAUAAAAAAAACUAAAAAUAAAAUAGAAAAUUUUAUAAAUAUUUGGUAUUAAGUAAUUGAAGAAAAUCUUUUAUUUAGCAAUAGAAUGA